AAACUCGGCCAAGAUACUACCUCGUUGAUACUUGAACCGAAACUUUGAUACUCAACUGUGCAUCGCAUUUAAAAAAAAAAGUUGUGAUGAUGGAAUUGCUUUCGGAAGUAUGUACAAUAGAGGAAACGUGUCAGGCUUUAGGAAGAACUCAUGAGGAUUUCAUCGAACUCCGUAAAAAACUACGGGAGUGGCUGAUAGCAUGUCCACAUCUUCCUCAAGGGAUAACUGACAAAAAAUUGGAAUUCCUUCUACUGAACUCAAAAAUGAGUAUAGAACGAGCAAAGGAGCUUGUAGAUAUGCACUAUACUUUGAAGGCCAAUAUACCUGAAGCUUUCGCCAAUAGAGAUCCUGUUUCUGUAAUCAACUGUGAAGUUCUUAAUUACAUGUCAUUUGCUAUCCUGCCAAAACUAACACCAGGCAAACACAGAGUCUUCUUCGUACAAGUCAAGAUUCAAGAGCGCAAAGAAGACUACGAAAUAAAUAUUUGGGAUUUUCAAAAGUACAUUUAUAUGAUGGGCGAUAUGCGAAAUGCGGUAGAUGUGUGUAUCGGAGAUAUUUACGUUUUUGACCUUUCAGGAGCGCGAUUUAACCAUUUCCUCUCUUUUACGCCAUCCCUACUGAAAAAGAGUGAAGUGAUUAUCACGAAAGCCUAUGGCGCAAGAAUAGCAGGAAUUCACUUCAUCAAUGCUCCUAGCUCUAUCGACUUUUUCAUUAAUGUGCUAAAGUCUACUGUGAAACCAAAAAUUUUUAACAGGGUUAAAGUUCAUUCAUCCCUUGAGUCUUUUUACAACGUCGUACCAAAAUCCAUACUACCUGCGGAUUAUGGCGGUGACGAAAUUUCAGUGGCUGACAUAGAAAAGAAGUGGCACAAGAAUAUGAUAGAAUGGACAGAUUGGUAUAAGAAAGAAGAAGGUCUUGUCCCCAAUGAAGCUCUUCGACCUGGACCAUCAGUCAACCUAGACAACCUUUUUGGAACUUAUGGUUCUUUCAGACAGUUAGACGUCGAUUAAGCUCUUGUGAUUUGUAGCAAAUAAACAUCAGGGUCUGAUGAAAUCAAUCGGUUUCAAGAUAGCAGGAAGAUAGACUAAUGUUAAGAGUUGGUGAUUCACAAAUUAUUUUCAAACCUUACAUCUUACACAUCCUUCUCCAACAUAUCCUUUCCCAUUCUUUCCCAACACAUCCUUUCUGAGCACAUCCUUCUUUAGCACAUUCUUCUCCAACACAUCCUUUUUCUCAGCACAUCCUUUCCCAACUCAAAAUUUCUCAGCACAUCGUUUCUUAGCACAUUCUUUACCAACGCAUCCUUUAUCAACCCAUCCUUUCUCAGCACGUCCUUUUCUAUUAUAUUCUUACCAAACACAUCCUUUCCCAAUACAUCCUUUCCAAAUACAUCCUUUACCAACACAUCCUUUCUCAGCACAUCCUUUCCCAGCACAUCCUUUCCCAAAACAUCCUCUCCAAACACAUUCUUUCUCAACAAGUCCUUUCCGAACACAUCCUUUCCCAAAACCAUUCUUUUCGAACGCAGCCUUUUCCAUCUCAUCCUUUUCAAACAGAUCAUUUCCCAACACCUCAUUUCACAAAACAUCCUAUUCAAACACAUGCUUUCCCAACACAUCCUUUCCAAACAAAUUUUCUCCUAACAUACCCAGUUUCAGCACAUCCUUUCGCAAACCAUCCUUUUCAAACACAUCUUUUCUCAGCACAUCCUUUCGCGAAACCAUCCUUUUCGAACACAUCCUUUCCCAGCACAUUCUUUUUAAACAAAUCAUUUCUCAACACAUCCUUUCCAACGACAUCCUUUCCCAACACACCCUUUUUCAGCAUAUCCUUUUAUAGCAUAUCCUUUACCAACACAUCCUUUCUCAGCACAUCCUUUCUCAGCACAUCCUUUCCAAAUAGAUUUUUUUCAAACACAUAUACUUUCCAAGCACAUUCUUUUACAAAACAUCCUGUUUCAGCACAUCCUUUCCCAUAACAUUCUUUCCCAACAUAUCCUUUCUCAGCACAUCCUUUUCAACACAUUCUUCCCCAACACAUCCUUUCUUAGCACGAUCUUUCCCAACACAAAAUUUCUCAGCACAUCCUUUCUUAGCACUUUCUUUACCAACACAUCCUUUAUCAACACAUCCUUUCUCAGCAGAUUCUUUCCCAGCACAUCCUUUCCCAAAACAUCCUUUCGCAGCACAUCCUUUUCAAAUAUAUUCUUACCAAACACAUCCUUUCCUAACACAUCCUUUCCAAACACAUCCUUUACUAACACAUCCUUUCUCAGCACAUCCUUUCCCAGCACAUCCUUUCCCAGAACAUUCUUUCCCAAAAUAUCCUCUCCAACCACAUUCUUUCCCAACAAGUCCUUUCCGAACACAUCCUUUCCCAAACCCAUUCUUUUCGAACGCAGCCUUUUCAAUCACAUCCUUUUCAAACAAAUCAUUUCCCAACACCUCAUUUCCCAAAACAUCCUAUUCAAACACAUUCUUUCCCAACACAUCCUUUCCAAACAAAUUUUUUCCUAACACAUCCAGUUUCAGCACAUCCUUUCGUAAACCAUCCUUUUCAAACACAUCCUCUCCCAGCACAUCCUUUCGCAACACCAUCCUUUUCGAACACAUCCUUUCCCAGCACAUUCUUUAAAAAAAAAUCAUUUCUCAAAACAUCCUUUCCAACGACAUCCUUUCCCAACACACCUUUUUUCAACAUAUCCUUUUAUAGCACAUCCUUUACCAACACAUCCUUUCUCAGCACAUCCUUUCCAAAUAGAUCCUUUCCAAGCACAUAUACUUUCCAAACACAUUCUUUUACAACACAUCCUGUUUCAGCACAUCCUUUCCCAUCACAUUCUUUCCCAGGACAUUCUUUCCCAGGACAUUCUUUCCAAGCAAAUCCUGUUCCAACACAUCCCUUCUCUCACCUCGUUUUUAAAUCUAGAUCUUGCUAUUCUGGCCCAUCUCCUUUCUUCCUUUUUGCUUUUCUAAAUACUUUGAAUGCUGAAAUUCACAAAAAUAAAACGACUUGUCACUUGAUU